ACAGUUCGGUAAAAUAAAUGUUUCUUUACACUCGAUUCAUAUGUACAAAUUGGAAUAACCCGUGAAAUUUACGAAUUCCUGUAUAAAAAGUACAGAGAAAAAAAUAAAUAAUAAUUCAAUAGGCACAAAUGCCAUGGGAUGCUGGAAGUCACCAAACCGAGAAUUCGAAUGGGAAUUGCAUAUUAUCUUCUCAACGCUUCAGACCUGAGGAAAGUUAUCAGAUGGCAAAACAGUCCAUAGAGGUUGACGUCUAUUGUCAAACUGACGGAAUAACCUUUCAUUCACCCAUGAAGAGCGAAAGGAAGUUGGAGUGGCCUAGCUGCUGUUUAUUCUGCACUAACAACACUCAAUCGAGCAAGGUUUAUCUUCAGGAUCAAUCAAGCGAUGCCUCGUGUUACAGAGACGGUCAGGUGUUUAGAAGAAGGCAUUCUAAAUCUGUAAACGGGGAUUACGUCAACGAAUAUAGACGUCAAUCUCAAGUUUAUGGCUUCGCAUCCCAUUUAGGAAGACGAUCUGACGAAUCUAGACAAUACUUCACCGAGUGGACAUCAUACAACAGCGAUUGGGAAGAAAUCGCUGAUUCUGACGUGCAAACAGAAUCUAGGAAUUGGACUUGGACGCAGAGCAACAACUGUUUAUCAUCCUGUCACGGUACAGCUUAUAUGACACCCUUAGCUACACCCAGCCCUUCAGAAAGUGGACGAACAACGCUAAUCACUUCUCAAUUUAUUGUAAAACAAGAGAAUUUCACUCAAAAAAUGAAUGAAGGUUUGAGCCCGUGUAACACAAGAGAUCCAUCGAACCGUCGAUUCUGUGCGGUUAAAUGCGAGCCACCACCUUCACCUUUGACCCCUUCUCCGAGUCCCGCUCACACAUGGGACACAAGUGGAAGUCCGACAGGUCCCGGACCGGGUCAAAGACGAGGAAAUUUACAACUGUGGCAAUUUUUGGUGGCUCUGCUAGACGAUCCAGCAAAUUCCAAUUUCAUAGCAUGGACAGGUCGAGGGAUGGAGUUUAAGCUCAUUGAACCAGAAGAGGUGGCUCGACGAUGGGGUUUGCAAAAAAAUCGUCCCGCUAUGAAUUAUGAUAAGUUGAGUCGCUCGCUUAGGUAUUACUAUGAAAAAGGUAUUAUGCAAAAGGUUGCAGGUGAACGGUACGUCUACAAAUUCGUUUCCGAUCCAGAUUUACUAUUCACUCUAGCAUUCAAAGAAAGCCCUAAACAAAACUUGGACAUUUAUCAAGGAAGUUACACGCAACACCAAUUGACUGAUCCGACAGUGUAUCAACAGCGAUCCAACGAGCAAGCAAUGACUAACUGUCAGCCAGUGUCAUCUAGUAGUGGAGAAGCAGAGUACCAACCGUUGACGUGUCUACAGGACUUGACAAGUCGAUCGCAUUCUAGCAUGAGCGAAGUCACCAACAGACUGUCGAUAGAGGGAUGUGUCUUUUGAAGGCAACAGAAUAGCUAACGUACCUCUUUUCACCUCUGGGAAACAUGUACAGGAAGUAUAAGCUAUUGGUCCAAUGGUUUUUUCCCCCCUCUAACCGAAAAAAACCGAUCACUUCCUGCUUAGAGAUGGCUUGAAGUAUCUUCUCUUCUAUUCUUUCUUAAGUUUGUCACUUCUGUAAAUAGUGAAAUUUAUGUAUUCUCUUCAAUGGAGUGAAUUGCUUCACCAUAUCUGUACAUCUAGAGAUAAAAAGUAUUGUAUAAUUCUAUAGCUUGUAGUUUAGUUUUCAUUUAAGAUACCUCCACUUAUGUUGGAUACGUCUUUCUUUUGUAAUUUAUUAUUAUUAUAAUUAUUAUUAUUCUCAAAGAAUAUAUACCAAAUGCUCAAGAAAUUAAUAAUAAAAAUCUUCAUUUCGUUUAAGAAUUUUUAUAUUUUAUUAUCCUGUCGACGAGUAGUCUGGUUUAUAUCAGGAAAAUGAUGUUGCCCUCGAGAGAUUCAUAUAUUACCAAUGGCAUCCGGAUUUUCGAAUUUCGACCUUCGUCGACGUCACACUACUCUGACCUUAAACUUGACUUAUAGACC